AUGCGCGGAAAGGACAUCGAGGUUCAACUCCUCAAAGAGACGUGGGCCGUUCAAGAGCGACGCAUCCAUCAUCUGAAAGAGAUGGUGGCCCGCCUGAAAGGAGACGCCUGGGACGAACCGCGACGCAAUGGGCGCAUGCCAGAAGACAUUGGAGGCUUUCGUGAACACCCUCCAGACGCGGCUGCUGGUGGCUACGGCUACCGCACCCCCGCCUCCUCAAGAAGCACGGUGACGCCGGAGGCCAUGAGCCGUGCGCUGCGAGAGGGCUGGCAAGCGAAGCUCAUCUCUCGCUCCCAGGCCUGCAUGCUCCUGGGACUAUCACGGCAGCCUCUCCAGGCAGAGGUGCAAAAGGUCAGAAAACAACUGGCUUUGCGCUGGCAUCCAGCACCCUGGCUGUACGGCAUCCCAUUGGCAAUCUCACAGCUUCAAUUGAAAUGGGGCCGUAUUACGAUUACUUCGAACAGCUUCUUGGAUUACGAGGCACCCAGGUUUCGCGGAGAUCCCGAGAUCCUCCGCAGUGACAGCCCAUGUGGGUCAGAGCAAGACAGGAAACGCACGAUCAUGUUUCUUGAUAGGGUUUACAGCGUGGAUGGUGCUGUCAGCGGCAUGGAGCGGCAUGGAGUACGAGAGAUGAUGAGAGCCAUCGAUGCUCAAGCCUUGAUAGUGGCUUCUGCUCAUCAUGGAGACAACAUCUUUCAGGCUCCGGCCAAGGGCUCUUCUCGCCCUCCAAUGGCCAAAGCCACGAAGUCCUCCGAAGAUGGAGGGCAGGCCGGUCAAGGCUCGCAAGCAAGGACCACCAGUUCGAUGAGCCGACAUGCUCGUGUGAGGCAACCUCGAAGCGGCGGUUAUGACUUGCAUUUGGCGGCAUCUUCGAGCACUUGGAGAGGCGGUCGCGAUUUUCGAACGACUCUCUUCAGCUGCAGUCGGCUGUUUGCUGGUGCUUGCAGCAAGCUCGGCCGACUCUCUGCUGGUUCUUUGCGCUGGCGCCUCCUGGCAGCUCGCCUCGCGCUGCAGGAGCAGCGACAGGCCUAG